AUGACUGAACUAAAGAGCGCCAUUCUCCACCGGGAUACUCGCUUCAUCCCCAAAAAAGCCAUUGGCGGCCAAGGCAGCUACAUCUUUUUGGAAGAUGGCACCAAGUUCCUUGACUCAACGGGUGGUGCAGCCGUGUCAUGUCUGGGACAUGGCAACAAAGCAGUCUCGGAUCUCAUCAAAGAGCAAAUGGAUCAAUUGAGCUACUGCCACUCCGCAUUCUUUGGCACCCAGGUAGCUGAAGACCUUGCCCAGCUGCUGGUUGACUCUACAGGUGGAAAGCUGUCCAAGCUCUUCGUUGUGAGCUCAGGCUCCGAGGCCGUCGAGGCAGCGCUCAAAUUGGCACGCCAGUAUUUCCUAGAACUUCCCACCCCACAGCCCGAGCGUUAUCGCUUCAUUGGUCGUCUUCCCUCGUACCACGGCACUACAUUGGGUGCUUUGUCUGCCGGUGGCCAUGUGCAACGCCGGGAGCCGUUCGAGCCUUUGCUUUCGAAGAAUACAUCUCACGUUUCCCCUUGCUAUGCAUACAGAGGGAAGUUAGAUGGCGAGACUGACGCAGAGUAUGUGGCCCGCCUUGCUGCCGAGCUAGAUGCCGAGUUCCAGCGCGUUGGUCCUGAAACCGUUUGUGCAUUCAUUGCAGAGCCUGUUGUUGGCGCGGCACUUGGCUGCGUCCCUGCUGUACCGGGAUACUUCCGCGCGAUGAAAGAUGUCUGCGAGAAGUACGGUGCCCUCUUCAUACUCGAUGAAAUUAUGAGCGGCAUGGGCCGCUGCGGAACCCUCCAUGCCUGGGAACAGGAAGGUGUUGUUCCUGAUAUCCAGACUAUUGGUAAAGGAUUGGGUGGUGGCUAUGCUCCUGUCUCGGGUAUCUUGAUUGGUGAUUCCAUUGUUCAGACUAUGGACAAGGGCACUGGUGUCUUCCGACACGGUCAGACAUACCAGGGUCAUCCGAUUUCAUGUGCCGCUGCGCUGGCCGUACAGAAGACGAUUCAAGAGCAAUCUCUUCUGGAUAAUGUUAAGGCCAUGGGUGCUUAUCUCGAAUCUCAAUUGAGGAAGAGAUUCGAGGAUCAUCCUUAUGUGGGAGAUAUUCGUGGAAAGGGACUGUUCUGGGGUCUCGAGUUCGUUAAAGACAAGGCUACCAAGGAGCCAUUCGAUCCGAAGAAUCGUCUUUCUUUCCUGAUUCAGGAGAAGGGAUUAGAGCCCAAACAUAGUGUUUCGCUGUACGGCUGUUCGGGCACUGUGGAUGGAAUCAGAGGAGACCAUCUGGUGCUCGCGCCACCAUAUAUUGUUUCGAAGGAGGAGAUUGACAUUCUGGUUAAUACCCUGGCUAACGUUUUGGAGGAAAUCUUUGCAUCAUUUUAG